CAGCACUUGAUUACUCAGGAACAGCUGCAAGAAGCAAAGAACUGCUUCAAUCAAUUCUACAUAGGCUUCAAAGAACUCUACUACCAGUGUCAACAGGACUGCCUUCCAUUCAUUUGGCAGAGCAUUCACCAAGUCUUGCACCUUGUUUCGGAGGUUAUUCAAAAGGGCCCACUGAUGAUCUAUUCACAAUUGACCAUGGAGCAAACAAUCAGCAACCUUGGGCAGGAAAUCCAGCAGCUGUCUAAACUGUAUGUGAACUUAUCUUGA